GCACAAGGAAGCUUGGUGAUGGGCUCCGUGAGGUAGUCCGUGUUUCGUUCUACAUGGAAGUCUCCAUCAUUGGCCAUCAACUCGUGGCAGAUCGCUGAUUGACCUCUUCAGGCUGUUACAAGAUGGUCCUACUGUACAGGCCCAGAAGGGGAAGUUGGGCUUGAACCGUGCCAACCGAGAGAGUCGGCAUCAUAGCGUUGGCAGCGGCCGAGAAGCGAUGAGCCGCUGAAAAAAAAAUAUCAACAGUUGAAGGAAAGAAGCCCUUGGCAAUUGUUACAGACCUUGAAGGCCCCGCAACGAGUCACAAAGGCAGCGAAAAACAUCGUCUUCAUGUCCACGGUGCGAUUGGUUUUGCUCAACUUUGUCUCACUGUGCGCUAGCGCAGCGUCGUCUAUUACAAUCACCGCCAAUGCGGUUGAUACACAGCCCGCGGUGAUCGUAACGGCAUCGGACCACGCUUUACCAGCCUGGAAAUUGGCGCUUUCAGUGGUUGGGUUCAUAUGGUGGCUGGUGAUGAUUCUCAUAACGUACUACGGUGUUGUGGAAAUUGCGCUCAAGUUCAAUUCUCCAAAAUGUAUACCCGAAGGCGUACGGGUCGAGAAUGACAUGUCGAUACCAGACAACGAAGAGUUAGAAGGUGUGACGAUCAUCAGGCCCAUCAAGGGCAUUGACAGUGAAAUGGAGCUGUGCUUGGAGAGUGCACUGCUACAGAGAUAUCCGAAGCACAAGUUCCAAGUGCUCUUCUGCGUUGAAUCCCCAUCAGAUCCGGGAAUCCAGAUCAUUGAAGAGCUGAUCUCAAAGUAUAAAGAUUCUGUUGAUGUACAACUGCUCAUCGAUCAGGACUACGAGUCGAACCAUUCUGGCCCGAACCCGAAGAUCAACAACUUGACAAAGGGAUUUAAGAACGCCAAGUUUGACAUAGUCUGGAUUAUAGACUCCAACGUGUGGGUCAGUCCAGGAACGCUUCUCAGAUCAGUUUGCGCCUUGAAGAGAUCAACUGAUAAUGGUCGAAGAACAUCAAGACAAGUGAAACUGGUGCACCACGUUCCACUAGCCGUUUCCAUCAAGAAUGCAUCAUCGCUCAACUUGGGAGCAAAAUUGGAUGAGAUGUUCCUACACACGUCCCAUGCAAAGUUCUACGUGUUCUUUAACAAGGCAUCGUUUGCACCUUGUGUCAAUGGGAAAUCCAACAUGUACCGUAUAAGUGAUCUUGACAAAGCCGUCGAAGGCAUUGCUCGUGGCAAAAACAAAAUUAUAAAUAACAGUCCACGUAUUGCCAAAGCCGCAGAGAGAUACUGUGGUUCAAAAGGUGAAGGUAUUAGGUUCUUUGCACGUUACAUCGGUGAAGAUAACAUGAUUGGAAUUGCCCUCUGGGAUUACGGAAGAACUGCCAUGACAGGCGAUGUUGUUGUCCAGCCAAUCGGUGGAAGUGUUUCAAACACACUAUUGGACUACGUGGAUAGAAGGGUCCGUUGGCUAAGAGUCCGGAGAUAUAUGGUUUUAGCUGCCACUCUCUUGGAGCCAACUACAGAGAGUGUUCUUAUAGGGGUAUUUGGAUCAUUUGGAAUCUCCAAUCUGUGGCUUGAGGGAAACUACAUGGUUUCCAUAUUCCUAUUACAUGAGAUCGUGUGGUGCAUUGUAGAUUGGAAUCAAUCGUCAAUGUUGCAUGAACACUCGAGCAAGGAUAAGCUCAGCAUAUAUGAUCCUCCUUUCUUUCUAACGCAGGAAAGACAGCCUUUUAUUCAGUGGCUCUUCAUCUGGAUCAUUAGGGAAAUACUGGCGUUACCCAUCUGGAUCAUUGCCAUGUGCGGCUCCCAGAUUGACUGGAGAAACAGACCAUUCCAGAUUAAUUCAGAUUUGACUGCUGAAGAGUUAUGAGAGUGCGAAAUAGCUAUGGUUCUCUUGAGUUGAUCAUGAAUGAUUGAACGUGCACUUCCGUUAUACACUCCCCGUUAUAGAUAUCAAUGGUGUAUGCUUUCUGGCUUCGUAGCAGAGAUACAAGUAUAACGAGGAAUAGAAGCGUGGCGUUGUCUGAUCUUCCUGAUUCUUUUACUUCUUCUAGCUCAGCAAGGAUUUUGAAGUGACCUACUUCGAUGUAUGCCCUUUUGCAAAUCGCCUUAAACUAAGACUUGUCAGUUCAAUAUAGCUGUAAUAUGCUGUGACUUCGGUCAACUGCGAUAAAUGACCACCAAUAUCGAUCAAAGCACUCUCCAAAGUGUGUAAUCUUGAGUAAAGCUGCAUAGGGACUAGUCUCAGCGUCACGGUCAAUGGAAGGCUCCA